UGCAAGAGUAAGUCACUCAUAUCAGAUGCUUUGAUUUAUUCUAACAGAUACAAUCACCUGAUAUUUUGUCUACCUAUUGUUUUUACAGAGUGUGAACAAAAAAUCACAACCAAAAUGUGUCUUACUUGAUUGGGCUGGUUCUGAUGUAAAAGUUGCUGAGGGAUGUAUUAUUUCUUCUGAUCCGGGUGAAUUAGUUAAUGACUGUCCCUUAGGCCCUACGGAUGUUAAAGUCUUGAUUGACACUGCUAUUGAACCAGAAGCAUUCCUUUGGAGACCUGCGGCUAACAUGUUCACCAUUGAGAAAGCUGUUGGACAUAUGAUUGCAUGGCCUGCUGCUAUGUGUGUUAACCUAGAAGAGGAUCUCCAACAAGAAGACAUUGAAGCCCAGGGACCAAGACCUAACUCUGUGAACAAAUGCAAACUACUGGAUUUGUCUUCAGAUGAGGUUGUUGUUGCAGAAGGACGUUGGCAGACACAAGAACAAAACGCAUUAGUCAAUGGGCUUCCUCUCGGGCCAGCAGCAGUAAAGAUAUUUGUCGAUGCAGUUCUUCAACCAGAGACUUUUAUAUGGAGGCCAACGAUGGAUGUGACAUACUUUGAGGACUGUUUAAUGUCUUAUGUAGCAUGGCCUGUCCACAAAGUGAUCUUUGAAAACCCUACAGAUGCAACAUGUCAGAAAUCUCCACUUCAGACUUCUGCUGCAAGAGGAAAAUCACCAUUGGAAGCAGCAGCAUCAGUAGGAAAAUCAGCAGCAUCAGAGAAAGCAGCAGCAUCAGGGAAAGCAGCAGCAUCAGGGAAAGCAGCAGCAACAGGUUCACAAACUACAGCAGCAUCAGGGAAAGCAGCAGGAUCAGGUUCACAAACUGCAGCAGCAGGUUAUAAGCCAUCCCUUGAGAUAUCUACAACAAAAGGUACAAAAUCCGUUGCAACAGUUUCAAAAGCUCUAGCUGAGAAGUCCACAGCUACAGGUUCAAAGUCUCUUGUCAAGAAAAGUCAGCUGCUGGAUUCACAACUCCCUCUGAGAAGAUCUCCGGUAUUUUGUUUGUUGUUUUUACCUAUUGAGGCUUUAAUUGUUAGGACAGAAAUUUAG